AUGACACUUAAGCAGUGGAUUGACAUUUUUGACAAGAAGUCAAAACAACUCCAACACUUCUGGAGUAUCGAGUUUGAUGAUUCUAUUCAGGCAGAUCAACCUGCAGCCGGAUGGGAAAAAUACAUCCGAGGAGCAUUUGCAAGCUUCAGAUGCUCAAAAUGCAGGAGGUCUUGGCCCUCAAAAAGAGUUCUGGUGGCUUUUCACAUGCGUCUAGACAAGAGCCAGCGCAAGGGGACAGUCAAAGUUCGCCGCUUCCGGCAGGACUGCAAGUCCUGUAACCAGCCUGAAAUGGAGGAGCCCAGCUUCAGCGAGAAGAAUGUCGAGGUGCUGAUUGACAAGCUGAUUGAGAAGAUCCGCAUUAAGUGCUACAAACAAAAAACUGGUAGAAAACCCAGAGCUUUCUACUCUGACCAUGACCCUGAGGGACCCCAUGAAAAGGCCCACUGUGAGGCCUGCAAGAGUGGUAUUUGCAGAAGAGGCAACUAA